CAAUGGCGAUAAAAAGUGUGUGUUUAACUUUUACGUUGUGAUAGUCGUGGCUUCAAGAGGUCUUCAAUCUUUUUUCUAAGAAAAUAAAAACAAGGGACUUAGAAUGGAUUGUGAUAUUCGUGGAUUUUAUAAGGAUAAAGUCGUUUUCCUGACGGGUAGCACCGGUUUUUUGGGAAAAGUUUUUGUUGAGAAGCUUUUGCGAUCUACCGAAGUGAAACGAAUAUAUACCUUGGUUAGGGGCAAACGUGGUCAAAAUAUUCAGGAUCGGCUGAAAUUGUGGCAAGCGGAUUCAAUUUUUGAAGUCCUGUUGCGGUCAAAGCCAGAUGCCCUGCAACGAGUCCAUCCCAUUGCCGGAGACUGCAGCGAGCCCGAUUUGGGAAUCAGUGAGCAGGACAGAAGAAUCCUGGCCUCGGAGGUGCAGGUUGUAAUCCACGGAGCAGCCACUGUGAAAUUUAACGAGCCCCUUCACAUCGCGCUGGCGAUAAAUACUCGUGCCACUCGAUUGAUGCUACAACUGGCCAGGGAAAUGAAGAUGCUGGUUGCCUAUUUGCAUGUUUCCACAGCCUACUCCAACAGCGUGAUUUUCCGCAUCGAGGAGAAAUUUUACCCGGAUCUCUUGACCUGUGGUUCCGAGAAGGUGUUGGCUUUAAGUGAGCUAGUAAGCGACCAAGUACUGGACGGCAUGGAGCCAGCUCUGAGGGGGGAUUUUCGAAAUACCUAUAUCUACACCAAAGCCUUGGCAGAAGAUGUCAUCUUAAAAGAAGCUGGAAGCCUACCAGUAUGCAUCUUCCGACCUUCAUUUAUAAUUCCAACCUACAAGGAACCAUUAGUUGGAUGGAUAGAUAACCUUUAUGGACCAAUAGGCAUGAUGUUCGGAAUCGCUUCUGGAGUCCUUCGAGUGAUAAGCAUAAACAAAAAGACAUUGAGUAGCAUGGUUCCAGCAGACUACUCAGCUAAUGUAGGACUAGCCAGCAUUUGGCAAACUGCAAAAGAUAAGAAAUUAACGUCCGGGAAUCCCGUCCCUAUUCCACCUAAAAUUUACGCAUUUGGAGCCGGGAAGAACUUGUUACGAAACAAAGUUUUUAUUAAUUAUACAUGGAGUCUUAGUGAAGAAGUCCCACUGCCCGUGAUUAUCUGGUAUCCCUUCUGGUUGAAUGUCCUUUCGCAAAAACUUUACCCCCUGGUCGCCUUCUUUUUCCACAUUCUACCCGGUUAUAUUUUCGAUCUGGUACUGCGACUUUCGGGAAAAAAGCCCCGAUUGAUAAAGCUCUACAAAGUGAUUCAUGAAAACAUAAUUUCAACACGUUAUUUCACAAACAACACAUUUCAUUUUUCAAUGGACAAUACGAAUCGACUCAGGGACCAAAUGUCGUCGGAAGAAAGGACCAUCUUCGAGUUUGACAUGGAGAGACUAGACUGGAUGGAUUAUUGGAAAGAGGCUCUCAAAGGUAUGAGAGUCUACCUAGGAAAGACACCCAAUACCACGGAGUCUUUAAAUCAAGCCAAGAAACAUCUACGGAAGUUAAAAUGGGCUCACUAUAGCCUUGUGGCCGUUCUUACGUUCAUAGCAGGAUACGUGUUAUGGAUCGUGAUUAAAGUAUUUUUCACGUAAUUUUGAUUUGUAACCAAACAAAAGAAAAAAGGUAAUAUAAAAUAAAAUAUAUUUGGACUAUUUCA